AUGGAUGUUUGGAGUAUGCCAGUCGGAGUUUCAUUGACUCCAUCAUUAACUCCUGAUACUAUUGUUGCUUCGAGUUCAUCAGCACCAGCAUCUUCAUCACACUCAGAAUGUUCCACUUCACCUGACAGAGAAUUGGUCUUCGAUGAAAUCAAAGAUAAGGUGGAUCUUGGAUGUGAAAAGCUACAGAAUGAUCUUCUUGGAAUUGGUAUACUUCUUUCAAGUGAGGAAAUUGCUGAACAAUAUGUCAAAAGUUGUCCUUACUCAAAAGCUAUUGAAGUUUUAAGAGAAAAUAUAAAGAUUGAGAAAAAAAUAAGACAGAUUGCAAAAGCUGUAAGAAGACGUGUAAGAGUUGAGAUAAAUAAUACACCUGAUUCAUUAUUAUCAUCAAAAGUAUUAAAUGAAUCAACAAAUAGUGUUAAUGUUUCUUCACUUAAAACUCCAGUUACAUCCAGAAUCUUUAAAAACAAAUUUUGGGGAGUUUGCAAAGAUCUUGGGUUUAAUGAAAGGUCUCCCUUUUGUGAAGGAAGUGUAACAACAAAAAUCACAAAAGAUAAAAGAAGACCUGGAGAGACUGUUUCAAAAUAUAGGUGUACUAAAUGUUACAAAGAACAAAGCCAACAAAAGCCAUUAAUUUCUUUUAAAGAUGGUUCAGUUUACCAAGAUACAUCUUUUAAUAAUACUCCAGAGACUACGCCCAGUCCUGAUCCAGAGAUAUCAAGAGAAAUCAAGAAAGAAUAUAUAUCAAUUGGGUACAGAGAAUGUAUUUACAUUUUGUGGUCAUUUUCAAUGUUAACACCUAUCGAAUCUUGUUAUUUAUUUGGAAAAACACUAAACUAUAUCCUUGAGAAAGAAGAUUACCAUCGUUGGUAUGUUGCCUUAAAAUGUUUAGUUGUGAAAGUUAGUUCAAUUCAACCAAAAAUUGGAGGUCCUGAAAAAAAUGUUCACAUUCUAACUCAACCAUUUACAAAAAUCGCGGAUAAAAUUAGAUAUGCUACAAAAGGUACAAAUUUGUUUGAUGAUAUUAUGGGUAAAAAAUAUGCAAAAGUAGAUUAUGGGUUUGUUGGUAUAUUAUUAGAUAAUCAAAUAGAUCAAUGUCGGAUGAAGCAUUUCGUUAAUAAUGAAGAUUUUGUAAGUUACAUUCAGAAUAACGUUACUGAUGAAGCAACACUUAUUUUUGACGCCACAUCAAUUACUGCUUAUGUACUUUUCUUAAGUAGUGAUUCUAAAUAUAAAUAUCAGAUUGUUACUUCCCCGAACAAAGAUAUAGAAGUUAAAUUGGACGUCUUUAAACAACAUAUAUGUGCAAUUAAUUUUAAUAUGCAAACAGAAAAUAUAAAUGACAAAGAUUCGAACGAUUAUAUCAAUUCAUCCCUCAGUGCAUUAUCUUUUUUCUACAACGAAACAAAAUUCAAGACCAAUUUUGGUUUUAACAGCCUUUUGGCGCAAAUCAGUUUUAAUCUCUAA